CUUAUAAGCGGGCUCUCGGGCCGUACGACUCUCAUAAGCAUUCAAGAGUUGCUUACGUUCGGUUCGUUCGCAUUUCUUCUCUAUCUUAUAUAAUAUUAUAUUUUCUCCUAAAUCAAUUUUUUCACUACCAACAACAACAACAAUAAUAACAACUCAACUAUUCUCAACUCGCGUCAACCUUAACUUAACUUUCUCAAAAACAACAAACUACAACUCUACCACUACCAAUCUGUCAACUUUCCGUUUUUAAACUGAAACUGCAAACCAAAACAUUUAUUUUCGUCUCGACGGCCAUUGACAAAGUUUUGUUUUCCAAAACCCGAGGAGAAACUUGCCAGGCCAAAGUGGUGAAAGGAUACCCCUAAGAUUCGUUCAAAAAUCGUCCCCCCGUUAUGUUUUGAGUCCAAUUCCGUGUUGAAAACAAAACGUAAACGUAAACGUAAACGCAAAUGUAAAUGUAAAAAUCGAUAAGCCACACGCAGCCAGCCAACUGAACGCGAACGUGUCCGUGUGUGUUUCGUGGAGCGAGGGGAUUGAACGGGGGGAACUGACCAAAAAUCGGUGGCCCUGGCCAAAAACGCAAAAACUCCGGCCCAAAAAAAUACAAGCAAAGCAAAGCAAAGCAAAGCAGAGCAGAGCAAGAGAGCGACUCGAAACUCCAGCCCAAAUGACGGAUACGGGUCUGACAACGAAUCAAGCGCCGAAAUGUGUGAAGUGGCUGUGAAACCCGAGGAAUCCUAACUAACAACCAAACCAAUUUACAAUAAAAUGCAAAUUACUAAGAAUAUUUAACCGAAACGCACCAGACUACACCACUCCUCACACACUCACACACACACACACGCACACACAGACACUGACAAAGGAAACACAGCAGAAUGCCAGGCCUGAAACUCAACAAGCUGUACGACUAAAACUUUAAGAGAUCUUUCGGCGAGCCAAACUCUAUAUGCAAUAUAUAUAAUUAUAUAUAUUUUCACAUGCGAGAUAACAACAGCAACGUUUCCUUUCCGCUUUUGCCACGAAUAAUACCCCCUGAGACGGUCUUUGCUCGCUCGAAACUCGACACUAGCUUCAGCACUUAGCCCUCUAAGAUCUACUAACUGGAUCCUGAUCAAGCUCCUAGCCAAAACUCCAAAGCUCCAAAGACCCAAAACCUCAAAUCUACAAGGAAGAACCCGAAAAUGCCGCGCUGCCUGAUAGCCAAGAAGUGGAAGGCCUAUCCCUGGCUGGAUCGCACCGAGGAUGCUGGCAACCAGCAGCAGCAACAGCAGCAGCAGAGUGCCCCCAACUCGCCUCGAGAGCUUGAGGAGCUGCAUCUCAAGUCCAGACGCUCCACCCUGGACGACGAUGAGGAGAUCGAUGUGGUGGGCGACAAAUUCCUGAUCAAGUUGGAGAAGCAACGCACAACAGCAGAUGCUGCAGCGGCAGCAGCAGCAGCAGCAGCAGCAACAUCAUCCGAGGCAGCAACGGAGGCAUCCACGACGACGACGACGACGACGUCCAAGUGCUGGGGACCCAGUUCACCCACGGCGGGCACCACGGCUCCAAGUCCGCCUCCCCAUUCGCCGGAGGCGGCGACGCGAGUGGCCGGCAAUGUUUACAACGGCUACACUCGCGAACUGUCGCCGCUGCACUACACCGCGUACCUGCCCCGCAUGGAGAGCGAGAUAACCGUGAUCCGUGCCGCGGCCACAGCUCUGGUGGCAGCCAGGACAUCCGGAAACGGAAGUGGAGAUCAGCACCUGGCCGCCUACCAGACGCCGCCCUCGUCCACCACGUCAUCACCCUCUUGCUCGCCCAGCGGCGCCGGCGAUCGGUACAGUCCGCUCUCGAGUGGACAGACCUCCAGCGAAAGGAAGUGCUUCAGCAGUACGGGUGCCACACUGUCGCUGCCGCCGAAGAAGAAGGACAUCUACAGGCCGUACUCCCUGGACGACAAGCCGGCGCACGGCUAUCGGAGAAGGGUUCCCGCGGAGGAGGACCUGCAUGCGGCACAUGCUAUCCUGGAUCUGAGUGCCAGCACAGCCUUCCACCCGCCCACGCAGCCUCACCAGCUGCAGCAGCAGCAGCAGCAUCCGCAGCAUCACCAUUCCCAGCAGCAACACCUUGCCCCGCAGCAACAUCACUACUUGCCACUGCAGCAGCAACAGCAACAGCAGCAACAGCAGCAGGCACACCACACCCACUUGCCAACUCUCGAGGCGCAUGCGCAUCUGCGCAGCACGUCAUCGAUUGCCGAGCUGGCUGCAGCGGCCAGUGUGGUAAAUGAGCAACGCCCCGCCAGCAAUGCCUCGAGUGCCAGCAGCAAUCACAUGCCCAGCAGUCCCAGCAGCAACUCGAGCAGCAGCAGCAGCCAGGUGCAGAACGAGAACAGCAACACCACGAACACGAACCAGGAUGGGGAUGGAUGCCUUCAGGAUGGGGAGCACAGUGGCGCCUCCGGUGCCUCGGCCAAAACGGUGGCAUACACCUACGAGGCCUUCUUCGUCAGCGAUGGCCGCUCGAAGCGCAAGCAUGUGGCGGAUCCCGCAGCUGCCGCCAGCGGAGUGCCCACUCCUGACCAGCAGAAGACCAAGUACACCUGCUCCGAGUGUGGCAAGCAGUAUGCCACCUCCUCGAACCUGUCGCGCCACAAGCAAACCCAUCGCUCGCUGGACUCGCAGUCCGCCAAGAAGUGCCACACCUGUGGCAAGGCCUACGUUUCCAUGCCCGCCCUGGCGAUGCACUUGCUCACGCACAAGCUCUCGCACAGCUGCGGCGUUUGUGGCAAGCUCUUCUCGAGGCCCUGGCUGCUCCAGGGUCACCUGAGAUCCCACACGGGCGAGAAGCCCUAUGGAUGUGCGCACUGCGGCAAGGCGUUUGCCGAUCGUUCCAAUCUUCGAGCACACAUGCAGACCCAUUCGGUGGACAAGAACUUCGAGUGCAAGCGGUGCCACAAGACCUUCGCCCUGAAGUCAUACCUCAACAAGCACUUGGAGUCGGCUUGCCUGAAGGACGAGGAGGAGCUGAUGAUGUCCAUGUCGCUGUCGAUGCACGACAGCAACAGCGAGAGUGGGGCCAGUAUGGCCUCGUCGCCGCCACACGAGUUCCUUGAGCGCGUCAAGCUCGAGGGCAGUGGAGGAGCCACUUAUGCCAUGUAAGCAUGAAACACAUUGGCCGUGCCACAGAAAUCUCUGAGGAAAUCUUGAGACGGAGUCGUAAUCCGGCUCGGUGGACCAGACUUGGACGUUUCUGUUGCACCACCGGUAAGCAAGGGGGAAGGAGGAUGUGCUGCAACUGCAUAGCUGGUUAGUUAAUUUACCGUUAAAGUUAAAGUUACCGUUACCAUUUACAACUAGGUUAACCGAUAGCCGUUUUUAUAGAAGAUACAUACAUCACAAUACGUCCAAGAGCAAAGUGUAGUAGAGUAACACAGAGACUGUAGAAAUUCGCAUUAGGCAGCCAAGCAACAAAAUACUCAAUGGGUGUGUUUUCGAAAUCUGCUGCUUGAUUUGGGAACUCAUUUUUUAAAAGGUGCCUCCAAAAGUAUGCAAAGGAUUCUUCCAAAUUCAUGAUCAGAUUCUGGAAACACCCCCAUAAUAACCAACUCAAAAUGGUUCUUCUUUUAAGCAUAAGUGAGUUGAACAUUCCUAAAAACCAAAGCAUUCCACAAAACGAAACCACAACAACAAACAAAAGGAAAGAAACACAAUACACCCCAAAACACACAGAGAGCCUUGUGUAUGAGGUGCUAAAGCCACAUGCAUUCCGAGAACCUGAAGAAAUCUAAGCAAUUCUAGCAGCUAUCUUAUCUAUCUUACUACUUACCAAAUCGAAUACGAAUCGAAUUGAAUCGACAACAAAAAC